AUGCCUGCUACUAAUCCGAGAAAAACCCUUUAUCAGAGGAAAACCGAGCACCACUUGUUCAAGUGGGUCGACGAGGCCAUUGUCGACGAGAUUAACAUUGUUGAUGCAAAACACUCCCAACUAAAGGAAGAUGUCGACUCUUUCAAACUGUCCACAGCAAGAACUUUGGAAAAACAGGCAAAACAAAUCCAGCAAACACUACACCAGAUCAAAAUGCUUGUGGAUGCCAACCCAAACAACUGUGGCAGUAAGGACAACUCAGCAAAGGAACGGGAAGAUACACUCGCGGCCCCCCAGAUGUCCUCUUCUGUCAAUUCACUGACCAACAUUGCAGUUGCAGCCAUUGCACUUGGCACAAUGGCCUGGAUCUACGCUAGGAUCAGCAACUAG